GCAGCCCCGGCUCCUGGCCGCCGCGGCAGCCCCUCUCCGCAGCGGGGGACAGGGCUGCCUUGGACCCUCCGCCUUGCCGUCUUUUCCGGCAGUUGAGGCGCUUCCUGUUGUCCUCACUUGCAACCGUUCCUCGGGUGUUGUCUUAGAGUCCCUCGCGCGUUCCUUCUCCUCCAGCGCGCUGCUGCAGCCGCUGGGGCUUCGCCUGUCCGCACGUCGAGACCGCUGGCGGGACCGGCGUCUGGGCUUCCCGCCGCCCGCAGCCCGGCCUCUGCCCGGGGAUCUGCAGCCAUGGCAAUGACAGGCUCAACACCUUGCUCAUCCAUGAGUAACCACACAAAGGAAAGGGUGACUAUGACCAAAGUGACACUGGAGAAUUUUUAUAGCAACCUUAUUGCUCAACAUGAAGAACGAGAAAUGAGACAAAAGAAGUUAGAAAAAGUGAUGGAAGAAGAAGGCUUAAAAGAUGAAGAGAAACGACUCAGGAGAUCAGCACAUGCUCGGAAGGAAACAGAAUUUCUUCGUCUGAAGAGAACAAGACUUGGACUGGAAGAUUUUGAGUCCUUAAAAGUAAUAGGCAGAGGCGCAUUUGGUGAGGUGCGGCUUGUUCAGAAGAAAGAUACAGGACAUGUGUAUGCAAUGAAAAUACUCCGUAAAGCAGAUAUGCUUGAAAAAGAGCAGGUUGGCCACAUUCGUGCGGAGCGUGACAUUCUAGUGGAGGCAGACAGUUUGUGGGUUGUGAAAAUGUUCUAUAGUUUUCAGGAUAAGCUAAACCUCUACCUAAUCAUGGAGUUCCUGCCUGGAGGGGACAUGAUGACCCUAUUGAUGAAAAAAGACACCCUGACCGAAGAGGAGACUCAGUUUUAUAUAGCAGAAACAGUAUUAGCCAUAGACUCCAUUCACCAGCUUGGAUUCAUCCACAGAGACAUCAAACCAGACAACCUUCUCCUGGACAGCAAGGGCCAUGUGAAACUUUCGGACUUCGGCCUUUGCACAGGACUGAAAAAAGCACAUAGGACAGAAUUUUAUAGGAAUCUGAACCACAGCCUCCCCAGUGAUUUCACUUUCCAGAACAUGAAUUCCAAAAGAAAAGCAGAAACCUGGAAAAGAAAUAGACGUCAGCUAGCCUUCUCCACAGUAGGCACUCCUGACUACAUUGCUCCCGAGGUGUUCAUGCAGACCGGGUACAACAAGCUCUGUGAUUGGUGGUCGCUUGGGGUGAUCAUGUAUGAGAUGCUGAUCGGCUACCCACCUUUCUGUUCUGAGACCCCUCAAGAGACAUAUAAGAAGGUGAUGAACUGGAAAGAAACUUUGACUUUUCCUCCAGAAGUUCCCAUCUCUGAGAAAGCCAAGGAUCUAAUUUUGAGAUUCUGCUGUGAAUGGGAACAUAGAAUUGGAGCCCCUGGAGUUGAGGAAAUCAAAAGUAAUUCUUUUUUUGAAGGUGUUGACUGGGAACAUAUCAGAGAAAGACCUGCUGCAAUAUCUAUUGAAAUCAAAAGCAUUGAUGAUACCUCAAACUUCGAUGAGUUUCCAGAAUCUGAUAUUCUUAAGCCAACAGUGGCCACAAGUAACCACCCCGAGAGUGACUACAAGAACAAAGAUUGGGUCUUUAUCAAUUACACGUACAAGCGCUUUGAAGGCCUGACUGCUCGGGGGGCAAUACCUUCCUACAUGAAAGCAGCAAAAUAGUACUCUUGACAUGGGAUCUUGAGCAGAGUUCUUCGUACAACGUCACAGUUUUCCUCUUACACACUUUUAAAAGAGCUUCCAAGAAGUUUUAUGAAACUCACCAGUUGCCAUGGUAAAGUCUCCUGAAACGUGAUAGUAAGUGGAUUCUCUUCCAUGGUGCAUCUGAAAACUUUAAGAACAAAGACAACUAUUUCUACUACAUCAGCCAUAUAUAGCUGGUCUGCUUCUUUAGAAGCUUCAUGAGCCAAUUUGAUAGGUAUUCAAAACAAAACACAACAAAAAACAAACUUAUGUUUUCCUAAGUUCAUCAGAAUGAAGGGGAAAAACAGCCAUCAUCCAGCAUCAUUGGGAUUGUAAUGUAUACUUGUCAGAUAUCAGCCAGUUCCUGUGAUUUUGUGAUGUGUUAUCCGCCGAGCCUACCGAGUAUUUUUUUUUUAAUAGUUAAAGUCCCAUAGUACUAUGGAAAUAAAGCAAUAAUAGUACUAAGGAGAUAAAGCAGCCAGCAUUCUGGCUGAAGGAAAUGAUCCUCCAUCCUCUGAAGGGGUGGCGAUGGUCGCUUCUCCCCAUACCUCGGCCUCUGGCGAGUGGCUCUUUUUAUAGCCUCCCUUCAUGGUGCACUUUAUUUAUGGUACUAGGAUAAAGACCCUGAAUCCACUGAUAUAUGCCCUUCUCCCAUCUGAAAUGCUCAUGCUGCUUUUCUGAGUGUUGAUGGGCGGGGGGAGGAUACUAGCUUGGUGCACUGUUGCUCAAGAAGGCUCAAAAAGCCACUGGGUAUUGCCAAGGAGUCUUGGACCAUGUGGAAAACCCAAACUUUUUCUUCACGGCUGCAUCGGAAAAUCCCUAAGGCGAAUGUUGCUGUGGUCCAGCAGUACCCACAAGCGUUGCCAACAAGAACUCAUUUCUCACACAAGGAGAGCCCAGGCAGAGGCAGGAAGCCUGGGACACUUGGCUGAGGUGCUUGCUGCUCCUGCUUCUGCAAAGCCUCCCACACCUCCUUGGGCACGGUGAAGGAACCAGCCCAGUACAAAGUGCAGAGCCGGCCACCGAGUCCUUAAUCCUUGGUGCAACUGUGUUUUCUCUUCUCUUGGUAUUUCUCCUCCCCUAACUUUAAGUAACCAUUUUGCCUUGGAAUCAUGAUUGAAAUUUUUUUUCCUUUGCAGAUGCCUUCCUGGGGGAUACUCCUCCCCACCCUAAGGGGUCGCCUGCAGCUUGGGCCUCUGCUGCAGCGUUCUUUCACAAAGACCCUCUGAAUUUUAGCACAAAGUGCCUUCUCUUUCACAGCUGCCACCACCUCUAGGGGAAUUGUGCUGUGUCAGGAAAGUGUGGAGGCUCCCUUUUAAUGCAUUAUUACUUUUUUUUAAGUUUUGAUAACUCUUAAAGCAUCAUUUGCACCUGUGUUGGUAACUUUGCCUGUUGCAGAGAGUCAUGGCCAAGCGACAGCUGGGAGACUGCUUUCUGCCAGGCUUGAGGUUGUUAAGUCAGCUUUGAAAGGAAAGUAUGUCCUAGCUUACAUCUUAGAGGAAGAAAAAAGAAUGGUAGGGAAGGUUAACUCUGGAUGAAGGUAAUGUGUUUGCCCCUUAAUCUUUCAUUCAUUGCCUUUUAGUGAAAAGGAAGUAAAUGGGAUUCUUUUGUGUAACUUUGUAGUCUUUUUGUAUUACCAAAUAGUCAGGUUUUGACCUCUGGGUGUGUUGCAAGAGUGUGUGGUAAGCAUGGGUAGAGAGAAGUAGCUGGAGUGGUAGUCAAGUCUGUGUGUGGGGGAGUGGCAGGGAUAAUUUGUUUUAGGGGAAAAUGCCCGCAUUUUAACUUUAAAACUUCUGAAUAAACUGUAUGAAAACAGUA